AUGGGGCAAUUAUUAUCACACCCAAUAGAGGAAAAAGAAUUAGAUUAUAAAUCAUAUACAAAAUUAUCAUAUUGUGUUGGAUCAAUGCAAGGGUAUAGAAUGUCAAUGGAAGAUGCUCAUGGAAUUAAAAUAAAUGAAGAUGAAUCUAUUGCAGUAUUUGGAGUAUUUGAUGGUCAUGGUGGUAAACAAUGUUCAGAAUUUUUAGCAGAUCAUUUACCUAAAUUAAUUUUCAAACAAUUAAUUCAAUUACAAAAUUCAAUUGAAAAUAACAGUACAAAAGAAGAGAUAGAGCAUAAAGAAUUUAAGCAAAAUGGGACAACAAAACAUACCUCAAUAUCAAAUAAUCAAAAAGUAAUGAAUAUAUUAAAAAAUUCAUUUUUUAAAAUAGAUAAUGAUUUAUCAAAUAAUUCACAAAUGAUAAAUUGUGGAUCAACAAGUAUAAUUACAAUAAUAAUAAAUAAUAAAAUAUAUGUAGCAAAUACAGGAGAUUCAAGAUGUAUACUAUCUACAAAUGAUGGAUGUUCCAAAACAUUAUCAUUUGAUCAAAAACCAAAUUUAAUUGGAGAAAGAGUACGGAUUGAAAAUUCAAAUGGUUACGUUAUAAAUAAUAGAAUUAAUGAAAUAUUAGCUCUUAGUAGAGCUGUGGGGGAUUUUAAAUUUAAAACCCCAUUUUUGACAUCAUCAUUAAAUAAAUAUAUUAUUGAAAAUAAACAAAAUUUUACAAAACAAAAAUUGAAAAAUGGUUUAACUAGUAAACAAACAGAUGAAGAUUUUAUACAUUUACCACCAGAAUUAUUUCAAGUAACUGUUGAACCAGAUAUUUUAAUUUAUGAUAUGUCACAACUACAACAACCUGAAUUUAUAGUUUUAGCAUGUGAUGGAAUUUGGGAUUGUUUUAAAAAUGAUCAACUAAUAAAAUUAAUACGUGAUAAAUUAGUUUUAGGUUGGAAAUUGAAUAAAAUUAUAGAAUAUAUUUUAAAUGAUACUUUAACUAUGGCUAAUAAUUAUACAGGUAUUGGAUUUGAUAAUAUGACAUUAAUGAUUAUUGCAUUACAUCCAACCAAGAGUUUAGAUGAUUGGUAUAAUGAUAUAAUUUAUAAAAUUGAAAAAGAAAAAGGUUUACAUUAG